AUGAGUGUGCGAAAAGGAUCCCCUCUGCCGCGGCCUAGUGCCGACGCCCUGUCGCUGAAUUCGCAGCACGGCAGCGGAUCAGGCGUGUCGCGCACGCCGCUGGUGGACGUGGACGAUGACCCGUCGGAGCAGCUGCUGAUCGCCGAUCUGCCACCGCUGUACUCGGAAAUCAAUGCUGUCAGCGGGCCGGCACCGAUUGAUGAGGCGGCUGCACCUGGUGCCGGCGAGCCUCUGGGCGACGUGUCCGGCGAUGCUCCCGACGACCGGCUGCUGUUUAUCGGUGGCGACGGCCACACGGGCAUCAUUGAUGCUGUGCGCGACGUCAUGCUAAAGGACGAGGCCCAGCCGGUGCGGAAGGUGGUGAUCCCCGGCUCGACCGGAUGGAAGAGCCUCGCGGACCAGGUGUUUACGCUGGCCUGCCGGGUGCCGCGGCCGUACGUGCGGCUCUUGGGCUCGCACAUGCAGACGAUCGACCGCGACGGCAAGAAGGAGAACCGCAAGGUGACCGACUUUGACGUCCGGCUCGACCUGACGCCGUACCUCUACUCGGACGUGCAGAGGAACAGAGCCUGGCGCUCGGUCCACCUCAUCAGCAAUCACACGCUCGCGCGGCGCGGCACCGUCUUCCGCUGUCGGGACUCGGCCGCCGGGCCCGAGAGAGCCCAAGAGGAGGUCUUCGUGUCGGACGAGUGCAUCGGCCUCGAGGGCUGGUGCCAGCGCUUCUGUGCCGACCGGUCGGCGCUCAAAUGCUUCACGCUCGAGCGCCGCGUCACCGGCUUCGACCAAAAAAAGGUCCGCACUCAGAUGGAGACGCUCGUGCGGCGCACCAACUACCGCGGCCACCUCAAGGUGUCCUUCCCCGUCGACGAGGCCCGCAUCCACAUGUACAACGACCACCCGUUCAACCGCUGGCGCCUCACCCGCUGGAUCCGCAUCGUCUGCAUCGCCACCCUCUUCAUCGUCUUCACCUGGCCCUUCCUCUUCUUCCGCACCAAACGCUACGAGGUCGUCGUGUCAUGCUGGGCUUUUUCACGCCAGGAAGACGACCGUCCGGCCGAAUACGUCAGCCUGUCCGAGGACCAGCUGUACAACCUGUGGGCCCGGGCCAUCAGCAAGGCCGUGCUGGAGAAGCGCCAGACCGUGCUCGACCAGGAGGAUCUGCGGGCAGCCGAGGGCGCCGAGCCAACGUUCCGCUCCGGCAGCGAGGCCGUCGACGGAGCAGUGGGAUUCGUGCAGGCCGGCAUUAGUGCUAUGAACCACAUCAACCGCCAGAACGGCUGGGGAGCAGAUUGCUAA